AUGACUACAAAAUUCGAGAAGGCUGUCUCAAUCGUAAAUUCACUUCCAAAGGAGGGACCUGUACAAACAACAACAGAUCAGAAGUUGAGAUUUUACGCGCUUUUUAAGCAGGCAAAUGAAGGCGACGUAAAGACAAGUCGCCCAGGUUUAAUGGACUUCACUGGACGUGCAAAGUGGGAUGCUUACAAGUCUGUUGAGGGCAUGUCCAAGGAAGAAGCAGCCAACAAGUACGUUGAAGCUUUGUUAGAAAUCCUCAAAGCCAAUCAGAGUGAUGAAUCUAUCAAUUAUAUCCAAGAGAUUGAGAAAGCAUGA